GAACGUCGAUUAUCUAAAAUAAAAAACUAGAGAAGCAAAAUGACACUUUAUUACAGCUUAGUUUUCGGUUUACUCUCUGCUGAAAUCGUCACUUUCUUGGUAUUAGUAGCACCAAUGCCAUUUGCGUUUAAGCAAAAGUUCUUUAAAUUUUUAAGCACAAACCCAUUAGUUGCUAAAUUACAAUACUCCUUGAAGAUUUCUCUCAUAUUCACUUCCAUUCUCUUCUUUGAUGCUGUACAAAGAAUGCUUAGAGUCGUUAAAGAAGGUCAAACAGCCAAAGAGGAACAUGCUUUCACAGAUGUACGCUCAGAAACUAACUUUGCCGCACGCAAGUUUUACUCACAACGUAACGUUUAUCUCACCGGUUUCACCCUCUUUCUCAGCUUAAUUCUUUCACGCGUAUUUGGUAUUAUCAUGGACCUUAUUCAAUCACAAGAAGAAUUGGGUUUGAUGAAGAAAGAUGGCCAAUCAUCAGCUGCUCAAAACUUCAAGAAGCAAAUUGAAGCUAAAGAUCGUGAAAUUGAAAUUCUCAAAAAGCAAUCUACACAAAACAACAAAGCUAUGAACGAACUCGUUGAUAACGCUAAUUCUUCAUCAGGCUCAAAGAAGGAGAAGUAAUAAUGAUACAUUAUGCAAAUAAUUCAGGUGCUUGACUGUUUAC